AUGCCACUGACAGCCAUCAUCGUAGGAGCCGGGAUAGGCGGCCUCGCCACUGCCGUCGCCCUUCGUCAAGCAGAUAUUGAAGUCACGAUCCUCGAGAAACGCACGACCAUCGAGGAAGUCGGCUAUGCGAUUGACGUCCCACCAAAUGCAACAAGAAUCCUCAAGCACUUCGGCAUGGACAUGACGAAGCUGCGUGGAUGCCAUCAGAAAAGCCUAGACGUCUUCAAGGCGGACGUUGAACCCAUGGAGGCCAUCAGGUCCGAGAGUCGAGAUAUUGGGGACGAUGCACCUUUCUUAUCUGUCCAUCGAGUGGACUAUCAUGAGGCUUUGAGAGAUUUAGCAGUGGAUCCAAGCCUGCCGAGAAAGCCUGCCCAACUGCGGUGCAACUCGAGAGUUGUUGCGUACAACCCAUCGCUAGGCAGUGUCUCACUAGCCUCUGGAGAUGUCAUUCAUGCGGAUGUGAUUGUCGCUGCUGAUGGCAAUAAUUCAAAAGCCCAUACAUGGAUUGUUGGGGAAGAGCAUCCAGCCAGAGCUACGGGACUGAACAAUGUGCGCUUCACUAUCCCGUCAACGGUCAUGCUCGAACAUCAUGGCAUGAAGCAGCUGGUUGAGAACACAAAGGAUCGGAUGUGCGUUUAUAUCGAUUCGGUCGGGAACUUCAUCGCUCACUAUGCAUGCCGAGAUCAUACCUUGCAGAACUUUGGCUUGUAUCAUGAAGACCCACCGGAUGACCAUUCUACCACAACACGGAAAAAGAAGGAGAUUGCUUGGCAAAGACUCGGGCACAUCAAUUCCACGUUCGCCUCGAUCACUGCCCUUGUCGAAGAAGAUGGCACGUAUCUGUGGCAGAUAGUGGACAGAGAUCCAUUGGAAAGGCUACACUCUGGAAGCCUCGUCCUGGUUGGGGAUGCUAGCCAUCCCAUGCAGCCGAAGAUGGGCCAAGGUGCAGCACAGGCCGUCGAAGAUGCGGCAGUCUUGGGUGCUGUACUGAAGGGAGUCGAAUCGAAGUCUGCCAUUCCCAGCAGGUUGAAGCUUUGGGAAGAACUGCGAAGACCUCGAGCCAGUGCGAUCCAACUGAUGUCUCGAACGGAUCCUUCGCACGAUGGUUGGCCGAAUCAGGAAGAUAAAGAGAAAGCUGCUCGGUUUUUCCCACAUGGCGACUUGCCGUUGACACGAGCCGAGAUGGCGGCCUGGGCCUUCAAAUACGAUGCCGUUGCGGAAGCUCAUGAAGCUUUCAAACGACCCACCCAGGAACUGGGAACAAAUGUAAAUCCGUGA